ACUCUUUUUACAAGUUGUAAAUGAUAAAUAAAUCAUCUUGCUUCUGUCACUAUUCGUCUUUACCAACAAUUUUAGCUGGUUAGACUAAAAAUACAUUUUCUUAAAAAAAAUUAUUUCUUCAAAACCGCAUAUGUCGUGUGGAGGCUAACCCGAUAAAGCAACCUAUCAAGUUCAGCUUAGUGGUUUCUUCAGCAUUCUCUAUUCAACUUUCAAAUUCUCAGCCACCGCAGUUCAGCCUUCCUCUACACUCAAGUGGCGCUUUCCCAAGCUUCCAUCUCGUUCACUGGAAAUUUCAAGCUAUCUUAGUGAAUUGGUACUCUAAUUAAAAUGCUCUUCUCAUCAGUCUUUCUGCAUGAAAGAAAAUAUGCAACUAAAGAUUUCGAUAGGCUUGAUCUGAGAUUCAACUUGUACCCAUGCUGACCACUUUUUUGGGGUUUGGGGUGCGAAGUUAUUAAUAUCCAGUUGAAAAUGGAUCUGAUGACAUUGCAGUGGUGAAAUUUGCAUCUGAAGUCAUAGUGCAAGUAGAUUAGAACUUUCUAUAGUGAAAACCAAGCAUGUAGUAGUGGGUGGAACAUAUUUCAUCGAGUUUCACGGAUGUAAGGGUAUGUAUAUUGUUUUGGAUUUUAUACUAGCAUGGUCAAAAAUUUAUUCAUCCUACCAUAGCACUAAUAACAUCAAAAAAUUUUGCUUUAUGUGUUUAUCUCUUUGAAGCUUCUUCUUUGUUAUAUAGAAAGAUAAAGAAUGAAACAAUUAUAGGGGCCAGGAUACUUUGUAUAAAAGGGUUUUUGUGGCUAUAAUAAUUAAUGGUUGGUUCAAAUUGAUGUUCCAAGAGAAGUUCUCUUAUUAUUAUGGCUUUGAAUCUUUGAGGACCUUCAUUCUUUUUUAAUUUUGGAGUGAGUAGACUUGAUGAUUAUACACCAAUGCUGUUGUUAAAUGAUUGAUGGACGUGCUGAGUUACUCUGAUAUAUAAACUCUUCUCAAUACUUCAAAUUAAUUAUGUCAUGAUCAACAGAGGGAUGAGAAUUUUGCGAAGUCUCGAGGUCUGGAAACUGGGAAUUGUCAACUAUUCGGAUGCAUUAAAACUGCAAGAAAAGCUGGCCUUGGAUCGUAAAUCUCAUAGGAUUUGUGAUACUCUUCUGUCCUUGCAACAUCCACCUACAUAUACUGUUGGCAAACGACGAACAGAUCACAAUUUAUUAAUUCCACAGUCUGAACUUGAACAAAUAGGAGCUGAGCUUCAUUACACACAAAGAGGAGGAGACAUUACAUUUCAUGGUCCGCGCCAAGCCAUUCUAUAUCCUGUUAUGUCACUUCGUGAACUCAGACUCGGCGCUCGAAGUUACGUGGAGAAACUCGAGUUAACUAUGAUUGAACUAGCAGCUCUGUAUGGUGUAAAAGCUCGCCCUGGACAAGCUGGCGAGACAGGAGUAUGGGUUGAGGAAAGGAAGAUAGGUGCAAUUGGUGUUCGGAUUUCAAGUGGAAUCACUUCUCAUGGGCUGGCAUUUAAUAUCGAUCCUGAUCUGACCUACUUUAAGCACAUAGUUCCCUGUGGAAUUAUAGAUAAAGAGGUCACAUCUUUGAGAAGAGAGACAGGUCUUGUACUUCCUGCUGAAGAGAUAAUUCAGGAGCAACUGGUUUCUUGUUUUGCAAGGAAUUUUGGUUAUAGUAGUCUUGUCUGGAAGGAGGGUAUUCCAACAUUUUGUCAUAAAGAUGAAACAAAAUGAGAUGCGGUUAAUUUGUGAAUUCAGGGCUGUAUAACCUAUAAUUCUGUCUCUCUUUAAUUAUUUGGAAAAUCUUCUACUAAUAGAAGUCUUUGCCUAUUUGGCUAUUUUGCAUA